AUGUUUGAUAGUGCUGUUGAGCUUACUGAGAUUAUACGGCAGAACGAAUCUGAACAACAGCUGAGAGAUGUGCUGAUGUCACUAAGAAAUUAUACCACAACACCCCAGCAAAUCCAUUGGCUACAACAGUUUCAAUGGCACAAUCUCCGUAUGUCUCACGAGCCAGAACUCCUUGCUAGGAUGGAUGAGCAAGGUCUGUACGUAUUUCCCACGCACCGUCUUGAAUGGCAGCACAAUAAAGCAAAGCUGCUUGAGCGUAACAGACAGCCAAACCACCCAGUAGCAAAGAUCAAGGCAGUUCACAAUGGCCGACAUGCAGUGAAGGCCGACAGUAAUAAGGCGGGAGGAUUGUUACCUUUACUGUAUCUUUCCCGUGACAGCAAGGUCAUGCUGGUGGUUAACUUAAAGGCUGAUUGGGGUUUGUUCAAUGGGGCGGUAGGUACAGUCGUAGACAUUGUGUACAAAGAUGGCCGCAGACCCACUGAUGAUCCUGCUCCAGUACCUGAUGUGGUUCUGGUGAGGUUUCCAGCACAUAAGGGGCCACCCUACAUUAAUGAAGAUCCUACAGUUGUGCCAAUUGUACCAGUAAGUUGUUCCACUGAUUGCGCAUGCUGAUGCAAGCGUCUGCAGGUUCCAUUGUGACUUGCAUGGGGAACAGCAAUCCACAAAUGCCAAGGGAUGACUGUGGGUGCUGGAGAAGCAUUCAGGUAUGUAGUGGUUUACCCCAGGGAUCAUGGCUUUGAAGCCAGAAACCCAGGAGCUCUAUUUGUGGCAUUGUCAAGAUCAAAAUCAGCGGGCGGGGAAGGAAGAGAUCCUGAUUUUGCUUUUCAUGAAGAUGUAUUGAUAAACAAUUACAGAUUCAGACCUGUGGACACUGCAACUACAAGAGCUAGAGCAGUGGAGAUUGAGACUGCAUGUCUUAGCAACUCAGUGUCGGCAGAGAAGGGUGUUAGCACCAGCGUACAGGGAGGAAACCUUUCUCAGACUCGUAGAGUGGGCUCAGUCUCAAGAUCAUUGUUGAAACAUGUGGUCUAA